AUGGCGGCUGCCACCGCAUCCUCGGCGUUCAAGCGGCUGGACUUGCGCGACCCCGCGGCGCUUUUCGAGACCCAUGGCGCCGAGGAGAUCCGCGGGCUGGAGCGCCAGGUGCGGGCGGAGAUCGAGCACAAGAAGGAGGAGCUGCGGCAGAUGGUGGGCGAGCGCUACCGCGACCUGAUCGAGGCGGCCGACACCAUCGGGCAGAUGCGGUGCCGCGCCCUGGGGCUGGUGGACGCCGUGCAGGCCACCGACCGCUACUGCGCGCAGCUCCGCCGGGCCGGCCCCGCCGCACCCGGACCCCCGAGGCUGCAGCCGCCAACCCAGGAUGCCUUUUACCGCGUAGCCGCCCAGAUCAAGCUGCUCUUUGAGAUCCCAGAGAAGAUCUGGAGCUGCCUGGAGGCCUCACAGCACCUCCAGGCCACCCAGCUGCAUCUGCUGUGCUGCCGCCUGCACCAGCUGCUUCAGCUACAAGCUUCGGGUGCGCCUUGCAGCCCCAUCCUUUCACGCUUCCCUAUCCUCAUCCGACAGGUGGCAGCUGCCAGCCAUUUCCGCUCCACCAUUUUGCAUGAGAGCAAAUUGCUGCUGAAGAGCCAGGCGGUGGCAGACCAGGCGGUGGCCGAGGCUCUGUGCUCCAUCAUGCUGCUGGAAGAGAGUUCUCCACGCCAGGCCCUCACCGACUUCCUCAUGGCUCGCAAGUCAGCGCUCCAGAAGCUUCUCCACCAGCAGCAGCACGGUGUUGGCAUUAAGACACAAAUCUGCUCAUUGGUGGAGCUACUGGUGGCCACCCUGCACCAGGCGCAUGCUCUGUUCUACACGCCACCCCCAGACUGCCCAGCUGACCCCUCUCUGCCCUGUGGUCUGCUCCUCUCUACCCUGGACUCCGUCACGGGUCAGCAGCCAGCUGAAAAGGGCGGUGGUGUCCUGCGUGAGGAGCUGAGACGGUGCAGCUGGUUCCGGUACCUGCCAGCGGCCAUCGUGGAAUUCCGGCCGGCCCUGCGUACCCUGGCUCACCCUGUGAGCCCCGAAUAUCUUCGUGACACUCUGCAGCAAUGGAUCCACAUGUGUAAGGAGGACAUUCGAAACGGGGUCCGCAGCCUGCUGCUCUACGUGAAGAACAUGCGUAGCCUGGCGGGGACCCGGGAUGCCCUCUGGGAGCUUCUGGCAGCAGAGGCGGCGCCAUCCAGCUGGGAGGUGGUGUGCCGAAGGCUCCUGGACCAGCCGCUGCUGUUUUGGGAAGAUCUGAUGCAGCCGCUGUUCCUGGAGCGGGUGCAGUCCUUGGCCAGACAGGCCUUCGAUGCCAUCGCCAGCAGCUCCGACGAGCUCCUGACCGCCGCCUUGCAGGACCUGGAGGCUGACACCCCGCUUCUCAGUGCCUCCAGCAAGCACCACCACCACCUCCACUUCGAGCACAACCUGGCCCUCUUUCUCUGGGCCGAGGGCCCCAGUGACCUGCCCCCCGAUGCCGCCUGGGUGAGCGUGGCACAUAGGCCACAGCCGGCCAGCGGGGGGCUGGCCCUGAAAGCGCAGGCUGUGAGCCCCAGCGUGCAGCACUUCUGCACCGCACUUGAUGCCCAGCUCCGCCUGCAGCUCGACGACCUCCAGGCCUACCUGCCCGCUGAGCAGCCCCCUGAGCCGCCAGCUGCCACCCCCCCGACCCGGGGGGCCUUCGACCGGCAUGCCGAUGCAGACAUGGUGCAAGAACUGUUGCGUGCACGCUGCGGGGCCUGCAUUGGCCACCUGGCCGACCGCGUGGGCACAGAGCUGCAGCGCAUCCAGGACACCGUGCAAGGCCAACCCGAUGCCCUUCGUGGGGGCCCACUGCAUGCCGCCCUCUUCUUGGCCAGGCUCUGCCGUUCCCUGGGGGAGCUGUGCCCCCACCUCAAGCAGAGCAUCCUGGGGAAGGCCGGGCCUGCAGAGCCUCCUGGCCGCGAGCCCCGGGCUGCCCCUUGGAAGCAGAGCAAGGGGAAAGCCACAGCCGAGCCCAGCCCCGCAGAGGCCCAGUGGAGGGACCUGCGGGCCCGGCUGCAACAGCAGAGCGAGCUGGGAUUCCGGGUGUGGAGCAGCGCCUUGGUGGACGUGCUCGCACGUGGCUUCAGCAAGUCCUUACUCCUGGAUGAUGCAGGGUCGGUGCUGGCCGCCGCUACUAGCUGGGAGGAGCUGGAGAUUCAGGAGGAAGCCGAGUCCGGCCACAGUGUCACAUCCAAGAUCCGCCUCCCUGUGCAGCCAUCCUGGUACGUGCAGUAUUUCCUGUUCAGCCUGUGCCAGGAAGUCAACCGGGUCGGUGGCCACGCCCUGCCCAAGGUGACCCGGCAGGAGAUGUUGAAAAGCUGCCUGGACGAGGUGGUAGCCGCCUACGAGAAGCUCGUGGAAGACAAGCAGACCAAGAAAGAAGGGGUCUUUCCCAUCACCCAGAACCGGGCCUUGCAGCUGCUGUAUGACCUGCGCUACCUCAGUAUGGUGCUGACCACCAAAGGGGAUGAGGCCAAGAGUGGCCGCACCAAACAGGAUUCCAGGACCGAGAAAGUGGUGGACUUCCUGGAGGCACUCAUUGACCCCUUCGACCUGGACGUCUUCACACCACACCUCAACAGCCACCUCCACCGCCUGGUGCAGAGGACGUCUGUUCUCUUCGGCUUAGUGACGGGUCCUGACAGUCACGUGGGCCCCCGGAGCAGCACCUUCCACUCCCAGGAGCCCCAUAACAUCCUGCCCCUGGCGUCCAGCCAGAUCAGGUUUGGGCUGUUGCCCUUGAGCAUGACGAGCACUCGCAAGGCCAAGUCCACUCCCAGAAGCACGGAAAGCAAAGCCCAGGCAACCGCCCCCGGCCUCUCCCAGGCAGCUGAACCCCCGCAGCCCGGCGCCCUGUUCCGACAGCUUGUCAGUGAAGAGGAAGAUGCGUCGACGCCAUCACUCUUCAAGCUCGGCUGGCUCUCCAGCAUGACCAAAUAACAUGGCCGCCUCCCGUCUUUCUAGCACUCAAUAAACACUACUGCCUGUUUCUACC